AUGCGUUUCACCACCGCCUUCCUCUCCACGCUCGUCCUUUCUGGCACCGCGCUCGCUGGCCCGUCUCAGGUAUCUACUUCAUCUACCGGAAGUGCUCCGACGCAAACGCCUGAGGCUAACGCUGUCAAGCCUGCUAGCAACGGCGCUGGUGGUAUUGUUGGCGGCAUUCUCGGCGGCGGUAACUCUGACACCAACGCCGCCACCCAAAGCACUGGUGGUGACACUACCAGCACCAGCACUAGCAGUGGAUAUCCUUCUGAGACUACUCCCCCUGGUGGUCUGGCUGGCAUUCUGAAUCCUAGUGGAACGCUCCUGGAUGGGCUCGGUGGCCUCACCAAUGAGCUUAAUGGUCUCAAGGGCCUGCUCUCGCCCACUCUUCUGGAGGAUAUCGAGUCCUUCUUCCACCACGUUGCCUACCUUUUGGAUGACAAGGGCACGGACCAGACCAAGUCUCUGAUCAGCGCCGCCUCUGAACUCCUGACCCCGAAGAGGGUUACCCAGCUGAACUCGCUGCUCGAUCUCCUCACGCCUGCUCUCGUCGACCAACUCAAGGAACUCCUCACCCCGGAGACAAUCAAGGAGCUUUCCAACCUUUUGACCAACGCCAGCAACCUCCUCACCCCCGAAUCCGUCAAGGAGAUCAACGGCCUCCUCAAGAGCGCCACCACCUUGUUGACCCCUGAGGUUGUGUCGGAAUUGAAGUCUCUCUUGACCCCGGCGACCAUCAAGGAGAUCAACUCUCUCCUGAUCAACGCCAACAACCUGUUGACUCCUUCUUCGGUCAAGGAAAUCAACGGACUUCUCUCUGGAGCCAGCGAGUUGCUCACUCCCGCCGUUGUCGGUAAUCUGAAGUCCCUGCUCCAGAGCCUGGGCCCUAUCAUGCCCGAGCUCAAGAGCUUCCUCCAGCCGGGGACUUUCAAGGAGCUGUCUGGUCUGCUCUCUAACGCCAAUGCUCUGUUGACUCCUGCGUCCGUUAAGCAAAUUAGCGGUCUCUUGGCCAACGCGAACAGCCUGCUGACCCCUGAUGUCGUCGGUGACUUGAAGUCGCUGCUGGGAGCCUUGACUCCGAUCAUGCCCGAGCUCAAGUCCUUCCUGAAGCCCGCGACUUUCUCGGAGCUGGGUGCCUUGCUGGGCAACGCCAACGACCUGUUGACCGGCAAGUUUGUCCACGAGACGUCCACUCUCAUUGAGGACGUUUCCGACUUGCUGCCGACUCUCAUGAAGCUGCUGGGUUCGAUGUAA